AAUUUGUAGAAGUAGAAAGGAAUUACCUGUCAGGUAUCGCCCCAGGAAGUUUCUUUGUUCGAUCGAACGAGGCGGGAUGCCUUAUACUCUCGAUAUUGGUAAGAAAAGAAGUUUCUUCAAGCGUCGACCCUUCUUUCAAAAUGCCAUCGUAACAGAUCUUCAGAAUGGUAGCUACAUCGCUAGUAUAUUUGCUAUUUUCGAGAGCGUAUUCGUUUUACUCCAGACAGUAUUCGAUGCUUAUAUCUUAAUCGAAGCAGAACCUGGGACAAUUCACUAUAGAUACUUUGGGAUUAACUUUCUGUUUGUUUACAGUGGAAAUCGUCACGUAAGGAAUAUUCUUCUUUUUAUAUGCGUAGUCACCUUCCUUCUAUAUCUAAGUCUCUUGGUGACAUCCGUCAUUCUCAUGAAUGCGCUCAGAAAGGAGAAAGAAAAGAAAUUUCAAUCGUGGUUAACUUGCAUUGUAGUUUGUACCGUUUGGACCUUACUCGCCAUUACUUUCCGUUCUGUUGCUAAUGUAAGAAUAAAAAUAUUAUCCGCCAUUAAUUAAAAUUACGAUUCGUUU